AGCGGCGCGCGCACCCGGCGCCGAACGUCGCGUGACUCGGCCGGCGCGCGGGGUGAGUGCCCCGGCCGGGCCGCGCCGCGCCGCGCCACUUCCGACGCGGUGCUCUUUUAAGGUUCCGGGGCGCGCGGCCUCGGCUCGCGGCCUGGGAUCGGGCGGGAUGGAGGAGGAGGCCGCGCUCGGGGAGGCCGAGCUCAACUGGUCCCGCCUGAGCGUGCCGGCCGAGGCGCUGGAGUCGGAGCUGGAGGCGCGCGCCGAGGAGCGGCGCGGCGCGCGGGAGGCGCUGCUGCGGCUGCUGCUGCCCUACAACCGGCUGACGUCGCUGCCGCGGGCGCUGGGCGGCGGCUUCCCGCACCUCCAGCUUCUGGACGUGAGCGGCAACGCGCUCACCGCGCUGGGGCCCGAGCUGCUGACGCUGAGCGGCCUGCCCCCCGCGCCCCCGAUGCACUCUGGAAUUCAGUGUGUGGACCAGACAGGCUCCACUAAGGCGGACUCUGCCUUAGUUCUUGAGUCUAGAGAGGAAGCCAAAUGGGCACCCAGGAGCAGAGGUUGGCGAUUUCUUACUGGCAAGUCUUCCGUGACUGUCCAUGCGUUUGCAUCAGAGUGGCAUUUAACGUGGCCUAGGAGUUUAGAAUGUUUAUACCUUGGAGGAAACUUCAUUAAAGAAAUCCCACCAGAAUUAGCCAAUCUGCCUUCCCUGAAUUACUUGGUGUUGUGUGACAACAAGAUCCAAAGUGUGCCUCCUCAGCUCUCACAGUUGCAUUCACUUCGAUCCCUCAGCCUGCACAAUAACUUGCUGACAUACCUGCCUCGAGAGAUCCUUAACCUUGUUCACCUGGAAGAGUUGAGUUUACGAGGAAACCCAUUGGUUGUUCGUUUUGUUAGAGACUUAACAUAUGACCCUCCAACUCUUCUGGAAUUAGCUGCAAGAACCAUUAAGAUCCGAAGUAUUUCUUACACUCCCUAUGAUCUUCCUGGGAAUCUUCUUAGAUACUUGGGUUCAGCCAGCAAUUGUCCAAACCCAAAGUGCGGUGGAGUCUAUUUUGACUGUUGUGUCAGACAAAUUAAGUUUGUGGACUUCUGUGGGAAGUAUCGCCUCCCCCUCAUGCACUAUCUGUGUUCUCCAGAAUGCUCCUCCCCCUGCAGCUCUGCCUCGCACAGCUCCACAUCCCAGAGUGAGUCUGACUCAGAAGAUGAAGCCAGCGUUGCUGCACACAGGAUGCAGAAAGUUCUUCUUGGUUGAGCAGCAGUGGGUAUUGAAAACUAUUAAAACACUGAGCAGAAAUGACUUAAAAAGAAAAUGGGUCUUGAAGUUGAUUGGAGACAUGAGCGUUUUCAUCUUGAAUGUCCAUGUAAGACUUGCCACGAUGUGAAAAAAAAGUUUUGCAGUCUGUCUGCACAUACAGCGGUAAUGAGUCCAAUUCUGUGUUUAGAUUCUUUGAGUGUAAUUUAUUGUGAAUGGCAGUUCAAAAUUCAGCUGAUUGGUCACAAUUUUCAUGUAAGUCUUUGAAGAAACACUAGCAGAAUGGUUCAUUCUGAAGAACAGUCAUGUGUGUUAUCAGCCGGAAGUGGUGUCUCCUGGGACAGCUGAGUUGAAUAAAGAGGUCAUCACAGUUGUGUUACCAGGGUUGUCCUGGUUUAUGUUAAACAGUAUACAUACAUAAAAUGAGCCUUCUCCUUGUGUUACCCCUGGACUGUUGAAAGCCUUUCUGACCAACUAACUGGACAGUAAAGACUAUAACUUUUAAAUGGAAUAUUUAAACCA